GUGAACAAACAAACAAAAAAAAGCAAAAUGGACACAGGCUUUGAUGAUCCAGGAAUCUUUUUCAGUGACAACUUCGGUUCCGAAGAUCAAAAUAACGAAGAUCAAAUCAACAGAACGCAAGUGAAAAAACGCUUCAAGGAUUUUAUCCGACAGUUUCAUGAAGGAAACUUCUCAUAUCGUUACAGAGAUGAACUUUAAAAAAGUCAUUACAAUCUUGGAGAGUAUUUUUUGGAAGUUGAUUUUUGAAGAUGUGGAAGUUUUGAUGAAACGCUUGCUGAAAAUUAUACCCAAAUGCCCACUGAACAUCUACCUCUGUUUGAGGAUGCAGCAAAGGAAAUAGCAGAUGAAAUAACAAAGCCUAGACCAGAGGGGGAUGAGGAUGUGCAGGAUAUACAAAUCAUGCUCACUUCUAAAGAAAACCCAUGUAAUAUACGAGCUCUCAAGUCUGAUCAAAUGGCCAAGCUAGUUAAAAUCCCUGGAAUUGUUAUAGCAGCAUCGGCCAUCAGGUCAAAGGCCACUCAUCUGUCAAUACAGUGUCGUAGUUGCCGUAACGUUGUCAACAAUAUAGCUGUCAAACCUGGUCUGGAGGGGUACAGCCUGCCAAGAAAAUGUAACACAGAUCAAGCAGGUCGUCCCAAAUGUCCAGUAGACCCAUUCUUCAUUAUUCCGGACAAAUGUAAAUGUGUGGAUUUCCAAGUGUUGAAACUGCAAGAAACACCAGAGUCAGUCCCUAAUGGUGAAAUGCCACGACACAUGCAGUUAUACUGUGAUAGGUAAGAUCUAAUUUUCCUGGCAAAUACUGUAAAUUGGGGGAAAUUUUUCUCCAUAAAAAAGACGGGAAAACCAACAAAGUAACAAGGUGCAAGGGACAAAGUUAAUGUUGGUAUCAGAGCUCCAUACUUCAGAGUAUUAGGGGUACAGGUCGACACCGAGGGUCAGGGUCGCACAUCAGGAACCUCGAUAACCCCUGCUGAGGAAGAGGAAUUUCGCAGGUUGGCAAAGAGUCCAAAUAUUUAUGAGACAGUGGCAAAAAGUGUUGCUCCAUCUAUCUAUGGCAGUCUGGACAUUAAAAAAGCCAUUGCUUGCCUCCUGUUUGGUGGUUCGAGAAAAAGGAUGCCUGAUGGUCUAACACGUCGAGGAGAUGUAAACUUGCUCAUGCUGGGUGAUCCUGGCACAGCUAAGUCACAGCUACUGAAGUUUGUUGAGAGAUGUUCUCCAAUAGCAGUAUAUACAUCUGGUAAAGGAAGCAGUGCCGCAGGUCUCACAGCCUCUGUAUCCAGAGAUCCACAAACGAGAAAUUUUGUCAUGGAAGGCGGAGCUAUGGUGUUGGCAGAUGGAGGCGUGGUCUGUAUUGAUGAGUUUGACAAGAUGAGAGAGGAUGAUCGUGUUGCCAUUCACGAGGCCAUGGAACAGCAAACUAUUUCCAUUGCAAAGGCAGGUAUUACAACAACAUUAAACUCACGAUGUUCAGUGCUGGCUGCGGCUAACAGUGUGUAUGGAAGAUGGGAUGAUACAAAAGGGGAAGAGAACAUUGACUUUAUGCCGACCAUUCUCUCAAGAUUUGAUAUGAUCUUUAUUGUUAAAGAUGAACAUGAUGAGGCAAGAGAUACUAGACUAGCCAAGCAUGUAAUGAACGUGCAUCUGAAUGCAUUACAAAUGACGGAGGAAACCAGCUGAAGGUGAAAUAGAUCUGAUGACACUGAGAAGUACAUCAACUAUUGUAGAAAGAAGUGCGGGCCACGUUUAUCUCCGGAAGCAGCAGAGAAAUUGAAGAAUCGCUAUGUUCUCAUGCGGAACAGUGCCGGGGAAUAUGAACGAGAAACUGGGAAGAAAGUCAGCAUACCCAUCACAGUCAGGCAACUAGAAGCCAUCAUACGUAUUAGUGAAUCUCUUGCCAAGAUGAAGUUACAGCCAUUUGCCACAGAACUAGAUGUGGAUGAAGCUCUAAGAUUGUUCCAGGUGUCUACCCUUGAUGCUGCUAUGUCUGGUAACCUUGCAGGUGUUGAGGGUUUCACUACAGAAGAAGAUCAGGACUUGCUAGGACGUAUCGAGAAACAGUUGAAAAGGAGAUUUGUUAUCGGUUCUCAGGUCUCCGAACAUGCAAUAUUGCAAGAUUUUCUUAAACAGAAAUAUCCUGAACGGGCGAUACAAAAAGUGAUACAUUUUAUGUUGAGGAGAGGGGAAUUGCAACACAGAAUGCAGAGAAAAAUGCUCUACAGAAUGAAAUAAACACAACACCUGCUUAGUUAAACAACCCUGACAUUCAGUUUCCAAGUUGCCUUGCAGUUUAAGUACACUUCAUAGAAUGUAGUGAAGUUGCGCUACUUGGAAGAGUGGACUUUUCACACGGAAAUGCAAGAAAUAGAAGACAUAACAUACUGUUAUAAACAUCUAAAACAUUCUCAUUUAAACUUGUAGAUUAAUGAUUAAAAAACCACUGACAAUUCAGUUUGUGCAGGAAUGUAAUCAGUUAACAACUGCACCUUCUUUUGAAGUUGUAAUGUUUUGUAUAUUCUCGUUUCUUAGUUUUAUAUACUCACGUUAUUGUAAUGAAUACCAGAAGUAAAAAUAUUUACCAAAAGUAAAAAAAAAAAAUGGUUGCCAGAAUUACAAAACCAUCUGUUUAUAAGUGGAUUGCUUUUAUUACAAUAUCUUGAGAGGUAAAUAUUCUUAUGGUCUGUAAAAGAUUAUUAGAAAUUUGCAUUGGUAUAGUUUGUCCUGCCUAAUCUUGACUUUUGACAAACUGUAAAACAUGCUUAUAUUUAAUCUUGUCUCUGAUGUAAAACUGCCGCGAUUUUUUUACCAUUAACUAGUAUGCUCAUCUUUUUCAUUUUUGUCACUUUUUUUUUUUUUUUCAUGAAAAUGUAACUGACUAUAUAUUUUACAUGAAAUUUGUAACUAAUUUUAUUUAAGUGCUAUGAAACGCCCUUAGAUAGUAAUAUAUUGUAUAUAGAUAUUUAGGCCUAGAUAUUACUCCAGAGGGUUAUUCAGGUUUUCUGAUACCACACUUGUGUUCAGUGUACAAAAAUUGUGUUCAAAUUACUGUAUAAAAUGUUCAAAAUUUUGUUCAAAUUAUGCCUGUGUUCAAAACUUUUACAUAUGAUAAUCUCAAAUUUACACUCCUUUUUUGAAUGAAAUUUAUUUUUUUGAAAUGUAUUUACUCUCCUGCAUUAAAAUCUUGCAUUAAUUUUGUAUAUUUGAUAAUAGAGAGCAAAUAAAAGUAAAAUUGA